AUGAGAGAUGAUGAAUCUCUUUCUGUUUAUCUUACAAAAUUGUUCGAUCUGAUAAAUCAAAUGAAAAGUUAUGGAGAGGAAUUGUCUAGAGAAAGGAUUGUGCAGAAACUAUUGAUUAGUUUACCCUUUGUGUAUGAUCCUAUAUGUUUUGUAAUUGAACACUCAAGGGAUAUAGAUGUUAUUGAAGUUCAAAAGGUAGUUGCCUCAUUGAAAAGCUUUGCACAGAGAUUGGAAAGACAUAGUGAGAAUAAGACUGAGAGAGCAUUUGCAAGUCUUAGUGUAAACCCCAAACUUGUUAAUGCUUCUGGAAAUCGAUAUCAGAAGAAUUGGAAACUAAAGUUUAAAAAGUGGGAUCAAAAGCCUGCUUACCAAUCUAGGAAGCAAAUUGUAGCUGCAGAAGGUGGUAGAAAUCCUUGCAAGCACUGUGAUAAGUAUCAUUAUGGAGAAUGCUUUCUUAAAGGCAAACCUAAGUGUCACUGUCGUGGGAAAUUAGGACAUAUUGCAAGGGACUGCAACAAUAAGAAAAAUGUUCAGCAGCUAAAUUAUGCAACUCAGGUUCCAACCAUGUUCUAUGUUAAUAAUGCAGUUGAUAAGAAGCCCAUGGAAGAUGUAUGGUAUGUGGAUAGCGGCUAUAGUAAACAUAUGACUGGCAGAAAAGAUGUGUUAGUUGAUUUUGAUAGAAGCAUAACUGCAAAAGUAGAAAUGGGGACAUGA